CCCGGUCACGCUCCUGCCGUGUCAGCACUUGUGUGCUCCAUAUAAACCGCCGGCUCCUCACUGCCUCCCCUCUUCGUUGGUCGGCUAAAGCGUUCGCCUGAACCGAACAGCCACAGUCAAAGCAAAAUGACUUCCUCCGCUCAGCCCAUAUUCUCAAAGGGGGAGGACUGCAAGCCCACCUGGCACGACGCAAACGCGGGUUACAAUGAGGCCGACACACACUUGGAGAUCAUGGGGAAGCCCGUCAUGGAGCGGUGGGAAACCCCGUACAUGCAUUCACUGGCGACUGUUGCAGCCUCAAAAGGCGGCCGGGUUCUGGAGAUCGGUUUUGGGAUGGCCAUCGCUGCCACCAAGUUGGAGUCUUUCCCCAUCGAGGAGCACUGGAUCAUCGAGUGCAACGACGGCGUUUUCGCACGUCUGGAGAACUGGGCCAAGUCUCAGCCACACAAGGUGGUCCCUCUGAAGGGCCUUUGGGAGGAGGUUGUUCCCACCCUGCCAGAGAAUCACUUUGAUGGGAUCCUGUAUGAUACGUACCCUCUAUCAGAAGAUACCUGGCAUACUCACCAGUUUGACUUCAUCAAGGGUCACGCAUACAGGUUGCUGAAACCUGGCGGCGUUCUCACCUACUGCAACCUGACCUCGUGGGGCGAGCUCCUCAAGGGCAAAUAUGACAACAUUGAGAAAAUGUUUGAGGAGACUCAGGUGCCACAUCUGCUCCAAGCCGGCUUCAAGAAGGAGAAGAUUAGCACCACCACCAUGGACAUUGUACCGCCCAGUGACUGCAAAUACUAUUCAUUCACCAAGAUGAUCACUCCAACUAUUGUAAAGGAAUAAAGUCCAGAUGCUGCUUAAACCUGUUUUUGUUUUUUGUUUUUACCUUGUAUGUACGUUCCCGCUCCAACACUCGGUCUUUCUCACUCUUGUAUUUUAAUAAAAUGAACUGCUUCAGUUUAAA